AUGCAUAAAAUACUAGAGUUUCAAGCUGUUGUACUGGCUGCGGGCAGAGGAUCCAGGCUGCCUGAUGUCGGUGGUUCUGUUUCUAAGUGUUUGUUACCUGUGGGACCGUACCCUGUCGUGUGGUACUCAUUAAACUUAUUGGAGAAAAUUGGAUUUCAAGAAACAUUGGUAGUUGUACUCGACGAAGACAAGUCAAACAUUCUGAAUGCCUUAGAAAAAUGUCCUCUAAAAAUUAAAUACGAAUUAAUAGUUAUCCCAUCAGAUGAGGAUUGGGGCACAGCUAACUCACUGAAGCACAUCAGUAGUAGAAUAACCACAGACCUAUUGGUGAUCUCUGGAGAUCUUAUAACUAAUAUUAAUCUAAAUGAAGUGUUGAAUGUUCAUAGAAAAUAUGACGCAGCUCUUACAACCCUAUUCUUUAACAAUGGCCCGGAAGAAUGGAUUGAGCUCCCCGGACCUAAAACUAAAGCUAAACCAGACAGAGAUCUAGUGUGCAUUGAUAAGGAAACACAAAGACUUGUGUUCUUAGCCAGUGCUAGUGACUUUGAAGAGAAUAUUACAAUACCCAGAAUGUUAUUGAAGAAAUUUGAUUCAAUAAGUAUGUAUAGCCGACUUCUGGAUGCUCAUGUGUAUGUAAUGAAGCACUGGGUGAUCAACUACCUUGUGGAGUCGGACAGAUUCACAUCAAUCAAAGGGGAACUUAUUCCACACAUAGUCAAGAAGCAACUGUCCAAGCCUAAAAACCCUUUGGAAAAGAAAGGAACUUCAGAGAAAAAUGUUGAAAUCACUAAAGAUAUAUUUGAUUAUGCUGUUGAGAAUGGUUAUGAGAGCAAGAUUAGAGAGAUGACAGCAUACAAUGACCAUAGACUAGGCAGUAAGGGUGUAUUCUACAAUGACUUGCUACGCUGCUAUGCUCAUAUACCAGACAAGGACACAUUUGGUAUAAGAGUAAAUACAUUGUCAUCGUUUUAUCUGUCUAAUAACAAGAUCUUGUCUAAGUGGGAAGAGCUGACAGGUACUCCAUUAACGGAAAGAUUCCACCCAGAUAGUGAUGUGAAAACAAAACAAAUAGAUGAAACCAGUACAGUCGGUGAGAAAAGUCUUGUCAGCGAGAAGACAUCUAUCAAGAACACAUUCAUCGGUGCCAACUGUACUAUUGAAAACAAAGUUAGAUUGGCUAACUGUAUAUUGAUGAACAAUGUUACUAUUAAAGAAGGUUGUGUUCUACAAGACUGCGUAGUGUACACUGGGGCGACGGUGGACACUGGUUGCAACCUACAGUACUGUCUGGUGGGCCCACAUCAUGACGUCGCAGCCUCGACUACCAGCAACCAUCAACUACACGCCGAGACCACUGACAAUAUGAUCACACUCGGCUAA